AUGAAAAUUUUCAAUGGGAUCACUUCUCAAAACGAAAAUUUUAAGGGGAUCACAUAUGAUCUCACUGUAAAAGUGUUUCGUAUUAAUUUGUAUGAUUCACUAAUUUUGACCAUACUUCAGUACUGCUCUUUUCAAAUUGAUCAAAGAACAAAUUUGCAGGUAGCAAAGGUGGGUUGUCGAAACAAAUUCAAAUUAGAGAAAAGAAAGGAACCAAAUCUAGACCUAACGAGACUUGCGGAGACACAUUUGAUAGUGGCUACACUUAUAGCAACCGUGACAUUUGCAGCGGGUUUCACCAUACCCGGGGCCUAUGAUGGCGACCAAGGGCCAAAGCAAGGCACAGCUGUUUUAACGAGACAGACAGCUUUCCAAUUAUUUGUCAUGACCGAUACUUGUGCUAUGGUCUGCUCAGUUAGUGCUGCAAUUCUCCACUUGUUUGCAUCAUUUUACGAUGAUUGGGACAAGCGUGCUCGCCACUAUGCCAUUGCGUUCUUUCUCAUUAUAGCUGCUAUGGGAGCAAUGGUGGUUGCAUUCGUGACUGGCUUUUGUACUGUGUUGGAAUUUUCAUCGGCAGCCAUGGUAUGCGUCAGCUGUAGCCUCUUUUUUCCCAUUUUUUAUUAUGUAUUCAAGAAAUGGUGCAGCGGAAAGCGGCAUUAA